GAAGCACCUAUUCUUCUGUUGAUGAAAGUGCAAAUAAAAAUGAAAAUCCAGAAGAAACCGCUAUCAAUAAAAGUGCUGAAAUGACUGCUAUUAAUGAAAAUACUGAAAUAACCAUCAUAAAUAAAAGUGCCGAAAUAACCACCAUGAAUGAAAAUACUGAAAUAGUUAAUGAAAAUGAUGAAACAACGGUUGAUGAAAGUUCUGAA